ACAACACUGCUGGCAUGCUGACACGUAGAGCCAGCUACAGCCGCCUCCACCAGAGUGUCUACCUGGUCCCCGUGGUGAUCACCGACGGCGACUACCCCAUGCAGAGCAGCACCGGCACCCUCACGGUGAGGGUGUGCACCUGCGACCGUGAAGGCAACAUGGAGCUGUGUAACGCCGAGGCCCUGAGCAGCUCCCCGGGCCUCAGCACCGGAGCACUCAUCGCCAUCCUCCUGUGCGCCAUCAUACUGCUGAAUCCACUCCACAAGCCUGACACAUGGACAAGACAAGAAACAAGUUAA